UAAAUAUGAUGAUAGAAAUAUAAAAAAUAAUAAUAUUUGUAAAGAUUUAAAAAAUAAUAAUUUUUUUUUUUAUAUUUACAAUAUAAAACCUAUUUUAAAAAAAGAUAAAGAAAAUAAAAAUGUAUGGUAUUAUGAUAUAAUAAAAAUAAAUGAAAAUGAAAAUGAAAAUAUAAAAAAAAAAGAGUUCAAAUAUAAAAAUAUUAAUAAAUACUUUUAUGGAAAUAAUAUAUUCUUUGCAAUAAAUAAUAUAAAUGAUAUAUAUAUGUGGAAAGAAAAAGAAGAAUACAACAAAAAAAAUAUAGAAAAAAAAAAAAAAAAAUUUAUUUAUAAUCCUACAGAUAGUAGUAAAUCACAAUAUAGUGAAUAUCAUUAUAUUCAUAAUAAUAAUUUCUAUAUAUCUGGCUUUGUCAAAUAUUUAUAUUUUGGAGACAAAGUAAAUAUUGAAUUUAUAUCAUGUGGAAAUAAUCACACACUUUUUCUAUCAAAAGAUAAAAACUGUUAUGGUAUUGGCUGUAAUAAAUUCUAUCAAAUAAAUUAUCAUAAAGAUAGAAAUAAAACAAAACCUUUUUUUGAUCAACCUAUUAUUAUAUAUAUUACAAAUAAAAAAAAAAAAAAAAAAAAAGAUAUAAAAUAUAUUGCAGCUGGAUAUAGUCAUAAUUUAAUAUGUACUUAUAAAAAUGAAAUAUAUGCAUGGGGUAAUAAUAUUUAUCAUCAAAUUUUUACAAAUAGACAAAAUGUUGUUAAAAAACCAACAUUAAUAUUAAACAAAAGAAAAAUAAUAAAUAUAAUAAAAAAUAAAAAUAAUAAAAAAAAAAAAAAUAAUAAAAAUAAUAAAAAAAUUAUAAAUAUUAAAAAUAAUAAUAACCAAUUUGGGGUCUUAAAAAUAUGCUGUGGAUUUUCUUUUUCUUGUAUCCUCUUGAAAAAUAAAAAAUGUUAUCUCAUAGGCAAAACAUAUUCAAAUAUAAAAUUAAUAAAAAAAAAAAAUAAAAUAAUAAAUAACAAGAAAUCAUAUCAUCAUCAUAAUAAUUAUUAUUAUAAUACAAAUCAAAUGUGUGAAAAAAAAGCUAUUUCACUCAUACAAAUAUGUAAAAACAAAAAAAUUGAUGACAUAUAUUCCACUUUUUAUGACAUCGUUCUUGUUGAAAAUCUUAAACUAUCUAACCUAUUCCCAACAAUUAUUCAUCCACAAAAAAAAAAGAAAAAGGUUUAUCUAUUCUUUAAUUUUAAAAUCAAAAAAAGCAUCUCCUAUCAAAUUAUGUUAAAUAAUUACUGCAUGAAAGUUAUAAAAAAUGAAAUGGGUAAGAUUCAAAUAAAAAACAAAUGUAAACAAAUACAAUCAAAUAUUUUACCAACUCACAAAAGUUAUGAUAAUGAUGAUAAUGAUGAUAAUGAUGAUAAUGAUAAUAAUAAUAAUAAUGAUAAUAAUAAUAAUAAUAUUAAUCAUAAUAAUAAUAAUAAUAAUAUGCAAAUUUUGUUCCAUUUUAAUUAUCCCCCUUUUAAUGACAAAUCCAACCCAUUAUGUUUACAACAAAUGUUUGAUGUUGAUUCGAAGAAAUUCAAAAAAAUAAAAGCCAAACAUAUAUUUCCAUAUAUAAUAAAUAAUAAUAUGAUAAAUAAAAAAUUAUAUUUAACCUUAUAUAAUAAUAAUACAUACAUACAUUUUUAUAAGAAAUAUCUUAUGUUGUCAUCAUAUAAAGGAAUAAUCAAAAAUAUCAUACCAAAUAAUUGUGCAUUAAAAAAAAAAAUUAAAAUAAAAUUAAUUAUAAAUAAAGUUCCUAUUUAUAUAAACAAAAAAUUUAUUUCUAUACUUUUCUAUUUUAAAGCACAUGGACAAAAAGAUAAUAUUCUAUUGAAUAAAGGCAAAAUGAAUAAAAAUAAAAAAAGUAUUUAUACAAAUAUUAUAUUACCUACAUAUAAUCAUAAUGAUAACAUAUUUUUAAGUAAUACUCAUAAUCAUUUUAAUAUAUGUGAAAUAUAUUUUUCACUUGGUUAUCACUUCUAUAAAUCUUCAUUCCCUAUUAUUAUCAUUAAACCAGAUAUAUUAAAUAUUAGUCCAAGUUAUGUUUCUAUAAAUAAUAAUAAUUCUAUAUAUAUUAACAUGUUACACCUCUCAAGUAAUUUUCAUACUAUUCAUGUUAUUUUAUAUAAUACUCAUUUGAGUUGUAUUUAUAGAAAGGCAUACUACGAUGAAAGGACAGAAAAUUAUUUUUUCUCCUUACCCUUAAUACCUCUGACAUUAUUUCAAAAAAUUAAAUCAGAAUUCAUAAAAUUUCAAGUCUUUGCCUCAUAUAACAAUGUCGAAUACAGCCAAAACGACAUACUUUUAACAGUUACAAAAUUUUAA